UUGUAUCAUCACAGCUUCACAGCUUCACAACCUGCACCCUUCUGAGAGAUGUAGGACUGUACUUCGGUGUAGCUGUCUUAUUUCUCUUCUGUCUAUGUGAUCUGUUCUGACUUCUACAUUUUCUUGAAGAGGUGCAUUUCAGGACCAAGAAUCAUGCAUUACCUCCUGCUGGGAUGUUCAGUGAUGGCACUGAUUUACCUCUCAGCUGAAGAAAAGAAUAUCCACGUGUACCAGAAGCCACGAUUUUUUGGUGUCAAGACAGGUCGCAGUGUGAUAAUAUACUGUGUGUCGUCUCAACCGUCUUUGCCGGCUAAUGUAGAGUGGUUCAAAGACCAGGAUUCCAAUCUACUCAAGAACCAAAGCCAAAAAAUAAUUAUAAAGGAGAAGACUGAACAAAGAAAUGCCUCCCUUACCAUAAGGAAAGUGGAGAUUGAAGACAGUGGCAUUUAUUAUUGCAUACUGAAUAAAAUUCAUGGACCGGGAACUGCUCUAGAAGUGUCCAGAUAUAGUGAUCCCAAAGCUGUCUUGCGGAGAUCGAGAGUCAAGGAUGUUAUUAUUUUCCUUCAGGCUUUUCUGUUGAUUUUGUGCAUUGUUGUUCCUCUGAUUCAGUUUUACAGGCUGGGGAAGAAAGAAGAAGCGGAUUAUGAAGAACCUGAGGAUGAUCACAUAUAUGAAGGUUUAGAAAUUGAGCAAUGUGGUGGUGAUAUAUACGAGGACAUCUCUACUUACGCCCAGCCCACAGAUGCAGCAUGGGAAGUUGAGUCCCCUGACCAAGAGUGAGGAGAGUGAGGGAAAAACACAUCCAUCAGAUAUCAGCUUCGACGCCAGACACAAUGAUUACAUUCAAUCCACUGUCACGACUGACGAUCUGUUUGUGUAUGCACACUGAUGAUGUCACUGAGUGUGAGCGUAUGUUUAAAAACGAUUUCACUUGAAAGCAUGAAACUAUUAUCUUGGUAGGAGUAACCAUGCCGUUUAUAUAAGUUUUGUUGAGGAUGUGACAUUUACACAUUUACAUAUCAAUAAUUCAAGGACAUUCCCAGAUAACAGGGAAUGUUCUCAGAACGUUGUGGCAAGGUUCUCUCAAACAUUCUUCCAGUAAGUGUUCAUUCAGAGUUAUAUGGUCUUUAAUAAUGUUAUCAAAACAUUACUGCAAAAAAGUUAUUUACACGUUUUUCUGAAACAUUUAUUUGGACAUUAGUCUGUUUUUUUUUUUUAUUAAAUGUUACUAACUACUUUUUGCAGAUGGUUCAGAGAACGUUUAAAUGUAACAAUCCCAUAAUACUUGCAAAAUGAAAUCAUUCAAUGUUUUCUGUAACGUUCACAUAACAAAACGUUUUUAAAACCCAGACGUUUUGAACGUUCUGAGACAUAACAUUUUCAUAACUUAAUGAGAAUGUUAGUAAAAUGUUCUUGGAACAUAUUUUUGUUAACUGGGUUGUAAUACAUUAUUUUAAUUGUUGUUUGCUUGUUUGUUUUCUUUAUUACUCAUUUUACUAACUGAUAUUUUAAUGUACUGUGUAUUAUGUGCUAGUUUUUUGAGUGUGUUUGUUUUAUAAAUGCACUGGCUCUGGCUAUGCAUUUGUGAGAAGGUGCUGUGUAUGUGGAAAUAAAAAUACUAGUGGUAAGGAACUGCUCAGAGCUUAUAGGGGCCUGCAAAUGAAAUGUCUACUUUCACUUCAUAUCUGUUAAAAUAAGCAUGUGAAAAUCAGGUGUUUUCCACAAAGCAGCUUUUUUUGGCCCGUUUUUGCUAUAUUUUCUUUGCAUUCUAUCUGAUAUGGACUCUACAAGUGUGAUGAAAGAGCAUCUGCACAGCGUCUGUAGUGUACAAGGAUUUUUAACAUGUCACAAAUUUGCUAUUUGACUAGUAAAAUAUUACAAAAUCCUAAA